AAAUCCAUAAUAUCUCUGUUCAAAUAACUCUGUUCGUGGUGACUACUUUCACUGUUACAUUUCUCACGAUGGACCCAUGUUCGGCGCUUCCUAUCGUGAUACAUAAUAAAAUUCCACUCGAGAAGAGUGAAAGAGGGAGGACUUUCUCUUUCCGUUUAUGCCAAACGAGCCGUGCAAUGACGGCGCUGGUCGCACUGUCUAUUUCCAAGCAGUGUUCGAAGUCAGUUCUGUUGACCAUCUGCUAGUGUUAAACUUAUUUAUCACAAUGACACGACGCUUUACUAGCGAAGAAUGAUUUGGACAAAUCAUAAUUCGUAGUGCAUACAUGGUGAUGAGUGCAAAAAGUUUGUUGAUCAUUUCCUUGCGGAAAUCGAAAGCAACAAUAAUAAUCGCGACAUUAACGAGUGCAUCCGCGUAGUUCUUACAUCCAUGUGGAAUUAGCAUCUUUCAUUUCUUUAGACGUGAAAGCGAGGCAGUAUCACGCGUUGUUCUUACCUAUUGCAUUCGAAAAUUUCAACAUGAUUUUCGACAGGCUUUAUAUAAAUAGUGUUUCAUUAACACGUCGCGUUGCGAUGAAUGUGCUAAAGUAAACGAACGAAAGAAGGCGGGAGAGCGAUGAUGAUCUCGAGGCCGCCUCUUCUAUACCGCUUCUCACAUUCGUGCUACAAAUAAAAACUUUCAGUCGUAGCUCUCAGAACUUUCACUCUCAAAUCGAAUUUCUUGAUUUUAUAAUUUAUGAUAAUACGAAUUUUAAUGUGAAAGUGCAAUUUUGAAAUGAGAUCCUGGUGACGACUAUUUGAAAAGUUUGUGGAGAGAAGAUAUGAUGCAUUUGAAAUCAUGCAGCGUGUACUCGUACAGCGUGUAGAGCAUGAGCAUGCAACUUUUAAUGGAAAUUGUUCAGUUGUGUUUUGGGAAUGUAAGAAUGAAGAAAAGUGGAAGGGAUUCCUUUCUCUGUAUGACUGCAAAGCUGACUCUCCGGCCUUGGAACAGUUCUUGAGCGGUAGUACGUUUGGUACUUACAAAGAGUACGCGUCGUGUCACUUUUUGUCUACGUAUUCUUCACGCUUCAAUCACAUCCCAAAUCAAAUUUCAAUCACAAGGCAGUGCUCCGAUGAAGUGCUCGAGAUAAAGUAGUCAAGAUGAUUGAAAAAUUAUCGAGUGAUGCUACUUUGGAAGAUGUGACGGAGGAACGGUUUCGCGUCAUUCUCAAGGAAGGCGCUGAGACACCAAUGAGUUUCGAAUUGGUAAAACCGGAGUUGCCGUCAUUCUACGAUGAGAGAAAAUUCCGGCUCGGGCAGCAAGCCUUCUACAAUAAUGUAUUCUCCAUGAUGAUCGCGAAACUUUGCGGCCUUGUAUCCCUUCUGGCUAUUAGGACUAUAUUGGAUGUAGUUAUGUUCACCAAAAAUAGCGGUAUCCCUUGUCUGGCAUAUCGCAGGUAUGCAUCGACGAUUCUUCACACAUUUGUGUGGCACGAAAAAGAUCCCUACGACAAACCCAACAAAUUCUUGGAAUCCUUGAAGAUCGUGCGGAGAAAACAUUGUGUUGCUUUCAAAAGAAGCACCGAAGCUGGUGUUCAUAAACCAACGCAAUUAGAUAUGGCACUCGCUCAAUUCGGAUUUAUUGGCUUUACUAUGGUGAGCGGAGACCAUCUCGGGCUAAAGGUCACUUAUGAGGAAAUGGAAGGUGUAGUACAUCUCUGGAGGGUCAUUGGAAGCAUGCUUGGGAUGGAUGACAAAUUUAAUCUCUGCACGGGAACGGUUGAAGAAACUCACGCUCUUUGCCAAAGAUUGUUGGAAGACGUGUUCCUGCCUUCUCUGGCGGACAAGAACGAACAUUUCGAUGAGAUGGGCAACGUGUUACUGCAGAGCCUCUGGCCCAUCAAUUUUAAUAUCGAACCAAUAGCGUUCACCGCAUACACGUAUCAUCUGGCUGCUUCAACUGCGCGUAACAAUAAUCACUCGCUCAAAAUAGAUACCUCAACCAUGCCGUUUUACAGCUGGUAUUUGUUCAACUUGCAAUGUUUCGUGUUGAAAAAUUUAAUGCGACCUGACGCUUGGUGGUCCCCGUUUUUCCGCGCAAUCUUUAAUAGCUUGAUGCGACUCUCGAUUUAUUUAAUGGAAAAUUAUCCUUACCUUGCUAUUUGGAAAUUCGGAGAAAAGUAUGCAAAUGUCAAUAUCUUUCAUUAUCAUUUCGAUUGAGUAUCGAAAAAUCUUAACUUUACAAAAUUAUAUAAAAAUCACAGAAAUUAAUAGAAAGGAAAACUGUGCUGUGCUAAUAUCGAACUUUACAUAAUUGUUUAUAUUAUAAACUUAAUACAAAAACCGAUUUCUACUAAAAAGUAAAAAAAAGACAAAAAACGUGGCGUAUGCCUUGCAAUAUGUACGUAUUCUUUGAAUAUUCUUGACAAAUAAUAUGUAUCAUUAUAGUUUUAUAAAAGUUAAUAUAUGAGAAGUAUUCAAUGAUGUGUGACGAAAGGUAAGACUUGUGUAAUAGUAUAACUGCGACAGUUAUAUCUAAGAAAUCUCAUCACGUUGGAAUUUUCGUAAUGUAAACGUGUAGUACGUAAAGAUAAAGAAUAUUCCAAACAAUAUUCUAUUCAGAUGUCAAUCGCAGCAUGUAUUACAAUAUUUUCAAGGCAAAUAUUUAAAAUGUUUUCUUCAUAUUUCUGUUGCUUAACAUGUUUGCUUCCAGGCUGAAUUUAUAAAAUUCGACAAGCCACGCUAUGCAGUAUGUGCUUUGCAUUAUAUUUAAAAAAAAAUGUAUUAGAAAUAGCUGUGUUUUAGAUAAUCGUAAUAUUAUUUACACGUGACGCUAUAAGAAAAUAAUUUCUGAAAGUCAAGUCUUUAAAGCAUAUAUAACGCUGGCAGUUAGCAUGUUAAAUUAUCGUUAUUAUUCAACUGAUUAUCAAGUGUUACUCAACUGAUUAUUAAGAUUGCUAUCGUCAUCACUCAACUAGUUAUUACGAUUGACAAACGAAUUAUUACAUAUAUAUUUCUGUGCAAUCAUUAUUAACAAUAUAAUUUAUAUUUUUUAAUUA